AUGAUACGUGAUUAUAUUCAAUUGAGUACUGUUUCUCACACAUUCGAUCCAUCAAAUAAUUCGUAUACAGAUUCCGAUGAUAGUUUACUCGCUGAUAUACAUCGAGUACGACGCUAUUUUCAUGAUGUGACUAAUACAUUAGAAUUUAUUCCUUAUCUUGAUUGGCAUGCUAUUGAAUGGGCUAUUCGCGAAAUACGAUCAACGUAUGAUGAUGAUGGAAAUGUUCUUAGUAAAAUACAGGAAUAUUUGACAACAUUCUGUCUACAAAAUACUAUGGUUGAUGCGAAUGCACACGAACAACAACGUGCUGAAUGGACUAAAGAACGAGAAGAUUUAUUGACACUCAAUAACCAACGUCGUAAUCAAGUAAAUAAACUUGAGGAAGAAGUUAAAAAAUACGAAAAUCAAGUUAAAACUUUUAAUCUUGGUGUCGAGAAUAUUUGUUCCCAAAAGAAAGAUAUCGCUGCUGAAGUCAAUCAAAAUAAGACACAAGAAUUCCAUAAACAAGAUGAAAGAAAACGAAAGAUAGAACGUUAUGAGAAAGAUCUUAAAGAAGCUGAAGAUCGUCUCCUAGAAGCGAAAACUCAAUUGUCCAAACAUAGAGCGCCAAUAAGUGAAUUGGAAACCAAAAUAGCUACAGAUGAUGAACGAAUUCGAAAUCUUGAUGUUUUUCUCAAUAUUGAUAUAUCCAAUGUACAUCGAAAAUUGAACGUCAAAUAUGGACGUGGAUUGUUACUUUAUGGACCACCGGGCACAGGUAAAUCUGAAUUACUGAAACAAGCUGCCAUAUUUGCGGGUAUUACAAUGACGACAACUCCAUUGGCAGCUGGUGAACUUAAUCGACCGUAUGUAGGCGAAACAGAAAGAUUGCUUGUCGAUAUUAUGUAUCGUGCAAACACAAUACGUUAUCUAAUAUGUGCUAUGACAAUAGAUGAGAUCGAUGGACUUGUUCCUAAACGUAAUAAUAAUGCUCAACAAUCGAAAGUCGACGGAAUAAGUGUACUUCUUUCACAUAUAGAAGGUGUUAAAAAUAUACCAAAUUUGAUUGUAUUUGGUGCGACAAAUCGACGUAAUAUGAUGGAUGAAGCUUUUCUUCGUCGAAUGCAAGCAAAAUGUUUUGUCGGUCGACCAUCACCUCAAAUUCGAAAGAAAAUGCUUGAACCAUUGUUGUUUAAAUAUUUGGAAGCAUUCACACCGGAUCGCGUUAAUUUUCUCAUCAAAGUAACAACCAAUUUUAGUGGUGCAGCAGUUGGUGCACUUAAAUCAAGUAUUAUUGUUGCCAUGAAUCAACGUCGAAAUUCAGACAUUCUAACUGAUAAGACUUUACUUGAACUGGCUGAUAAUACAGCAAGAGAAUUUAGUUGUUGGUUCGGUAUUGGAACAUUACCAGAAAUGUGUCGUCUCAAUCCAAAUAUUAUUUCAUCGUCAGAACAACAAGAAAAAUAUUCACUUAAAUUACCUGAUAAGUCACCAUCAGGUCGUAUUCUUGUUGAUUUACAAAAUCGAAAACGUUUCAUUGAAUUCAAUAAUGAUGCAACAGACGAAAAAGAGCUCAAUUCUGAAGAAACAUCGACAUUAACAUUGCUUUCACGUUUUAUUAAUGGAUGUUCAAGUCGCAAUAUUGACACAGUUCAAAUAAUUGAUAUGAACUUUCUUACGAAACAUAAUGCAUUUGAUGAAAAUCAAAUAUUCGAAUUAUUAGCCACAACAUUUGACGAAUGUGAUGAAUAUAAUCGUUCGAUGCUCAUUUUUGAUAUUGACUCACUUGUUAUGCUCAAUAUUUCUGAUUCACAAACGUCACAAUCAGUAUCGAUUUCGAACAUACGUUUAUAUCAAUUUAUUCGAGAAAAAUGUAAGACCGCUGUCGUUGAACAGAAAAGUUCAAGUAGUAAUAUAACGACAGAAGCAGCUAAGGAACAAUUGAAAGAGAAAUGGAUGGUUAUGAUUGUUAAACAUCAAUUUCUCCGCAAUCUAUUAAUUGAUGAUAUCGAAUUCAAGAAGUCGCAUGAACAGAUUAAACAAGAAAAAGAGGAAGAAGCACAACGUCUCGAUGAUCAAUCCGUUAAACAAUGUCCCAAAUGUCAACAAAAUUAUAUUCCGGCACAAGUUAAUCACGGCAGUUGUCACUACCAUAAUGGAUUUGUCGUUGAUCUUGAUCAUGAUAAUAUUCGAUUGACCAUGCAACAAGCUCAAAGAAUUGCUCAGAAAGCUAAAUUAUUGGCACAUAGUGGCAAUAGUGAACAAAAUUCGAAACCACCGAAAUUAAUUUGGGCAUGUUGUUUGGGACUAUAUGGAAUAGAUCAACCAUGUCGAGUCGGUGUUUGUGGAUUACCUGACGAGCUAAAAGACCAGAAAAUCGAUUCAAAUAAAGAUUUAGUAACAAUCGUACAGGAACAUUUUAUGAAAAAUCAAGAGGCUGAUAAAAAUAUUAAAGAAUUUAUGAAGACAUAUGUACCGACGCCGACGCCGACAACGGCAACACAAUCAAUGAGUACCUCCAAUCGAUCAUCUACCACCACAUCAUCAGUUACUGCUCACUUGUUGAAAAAAUAG